CAUGUUUCUCCUCACCACUUCUACGCGCUUAACAUUGGGCACAAUCGUUCCAACAUGCUCGAAACGAGCCCUCAGUCAAUAUAUGAGCCAUAGUGCCUCAGAAAACUCGUCACCGAACCUUUCUUCGCGAGAUUCUCCGCAGCAAGACAUCGCACUUGAAAAACCGUCCUUCGAAACUAUUGGCCUUCCAAUACCCGUGGUGAAGGCUCUUCAUGCGGCAUACCCAGAUAUUCGACUCCCCAGCAACAUGCAAAGAAAGUUUAUAACAUCUCUGCUAAAUAAUGAAGACAUUAUGUACCAAGACUUCACUGGGACUGGAAAGUCAUUCGCUUUGAUGCUUGGUCUCCUAAGUAAAUCACGGAGAGUCAAGGUUGAGCGAAAAGAUGGAGCAGAACACUCUGAACGGUGUAUCACGACGCUGGUCAUUGUACCACAUCGUGACCUAGCGAUUCAAUACCUUCGGUGGAUUCAUCGUUUUGUAUCGCGUACGACUCCUCCCGCCUCACUGGAUCGCAUUGCACAAGUUCUUGUUCGAGGCAAUCGCAGCGCUGGGGAACUAGCUCAAUCUCCCGAAGUGGUUGAUUGCAUUCUAACUCCUCAAACCGAAAGCAUGAAUAAACUGGCCGAGACGCCUCCCCACAUUCUUAUUGGCACCGCCACAGCACUCGUCGACGUCUUGCACUCACAGCCUGCUCUCUUGCGGCUAUCAACCCUAUCCGCCGUUGUGGCAGACGAGGUUGAUUACAUGUUAGAUUGGGUCCCAUCAAAAAAGAAUAAGCACAAAUAUAGCAAACUCCUACAGAAGAUAGAUCGCAGACCCGGGCCUCUCAAAGUGCUCUUGGACACUAUGUACACUCCACGCGAGGGACCUCGAGAAAUUCGCAAGAGUCUUCUUAAAAAAGGACUUGCGCCCGCACAACGUCCCCAACUUGUUGUCAUCAGUGCAACGAUGCGCAACAGGCUCAAAACUGCAUUCUUUGGUGCAUUUGGCUGGUUCAGGCGCGGCAAGACCACCAAACUAUCUAAGAAUCACCAGAGGGUCAACCCUCGCCCUGGGUACGGGUUCAAUCCCGAUGUUACACAUCACGUUCUGCUCGUAAGACAAGAUGGGACGGCUACCAACGUGCCAGGGUCUGUUACUUUGGAUGUGGACAAUUCCUCGGUACUUGAUGAACCAAUUGUGGAUCCAGACGCUGACGACAUGCCAUUCGAUGAGGAUGAACAUGAGUUGGAGUUCUCAGAUACAUCACACAAAAAGCUCAUUGAUCGACCACCAACAUAUAAACCUCACUUGCUAGAAUGUAUCGCCGUAACUUUCGCGAUGGACGUUCCUCAGAGGGCCCUCCUCAUCUUGCCCUCCGAUGGCUCAGUAGACCGUGCAAUUCUGGACUUACGCGCACUAGGCGUCAAUGCCUUCGGUCUCGAUCUACUAAAAGACGAACAGUUCUCGUCGAGGCUUGCAGAAGGUAGCGAGGGCUUCCACUCGGAGCCUACAUUGCUGGUGUCGACUGUGGCAACUACCCGCGGGAUCGACUUUCCCUCACUCAGCCACGUUUUCAUACUGGGCUUGCCUGCGGAACCUCGAAGCGACACAUAUUUGCACCUUGGCGGGCGGGUGGGGCGUUUCGGCCAGAAAGGCAAGGUCAUCACUGUUUUGGAACAAGGCGAGGAACCGAUAGACGACAAGACACCAGUGAAUGACGAGGCAGCCAAAAUGAAGAGGAUGCUGAAGUCCAUCAAGAUAAUCCCUGCAAAGCUGGAGCGCUUUGAUUGAGCCGGACUAGCUUAAGAAGCAUCGGCACAUCUUAGCCCAAGGACCACUGAAGAUAUACCAUAACUAACAUGAAACUAAUGUACGCAGCUUUUCUGUCGUCGGCUACAUAAAUAGACCCAGUGCUGGUGCACGUAUCUCGAUCGGACUAGGUACCGGUGCGGGUAUCGCAGUGUAACUACGCCAGUACACUUGGCGCUACAAGCCCUGUUGAUGCAACAGACAUAGGUUUUGCGGGAUGCAAGUCAG